UGCAAACUUCUAAUGUCUACUGAAUCGCCUGCUCCUACUGAUAAGUGGUAUAUCUCAUAUGAGAUCAUUCACAAGUUGUGCCAGAAGGCUGCCAACGAGAUCAAGGCCCAGGGUAAGCCAGUGGACCUAAUUAUCGCCAUUGGUGGUGGAGGGUUCAUUCCUGCUCGGAUUUUAAGAUCGUUCAUCAGAGAGCCCAACGGGAAGAAUAUUCCGAUCCAGGCCAUUGGCUUGUCGCUUUAUGAGCAGUUGGGUGACAAGCCCACCGAAUCCAUCGGCAAGGAGGUUGUCAGAACCCAGUGGCUUGACUUUGGAAACCUUAACCAGCAUUUUGACUCGUUGAUUGGUAAAAACAUCAUUAUUGUGGAUGAAGUCGACGAUUCUCGUACCACUUUGCACUACGCAUUGUCAGAGUUGCAGAAGGACGUGGCAGAGAUGCAGAAGCAGUUGGGUCGGGAGAGCGAGGAGACGACGUUUCAAAUUUUCGUGUUACACAAUAAGUUGAAGCCCAAGCGGGCCGAACUCCCAGCUGAAUUGUUUGAACAAAACCACUAUCUCGUGGGGGAGAAUGUGGAAGACCGGUGGAUUGCAUAUCCUUGGGAUGCCAUGGACAUUGACGAGCAUACCGACCGGGCCCGCAAACAGGGAAACAUAUAGACUUUGUGGAUAUAGUAACUAGAGAAUAGGAUAGUCGCCAGAGCAACAGUAAUAGUGAAAGUACUGGUAGUAUAUUGACACCAGUCAUAUUG